UCCGACUUCAACCUCAUAGUUGUGGUCUAAACAUAUUGCUCGAACGGCGAGCUUCUCUUAUUAAUUGUCCGUUAGACACCAGAUUAUCACUACCGCGUUGCUUGCUGCCUGAGUUCCUCAAGUGCUUGAGUACUGCCAAAGGCUGCUGAUCCCAGCAUUGCGUAUUGUGCCAUUGUUGUAUUGCGCUGUACUGUAGCUUAGCGUUUUGAGCGGGCCGCAGAGAUCAAAUUUCAGGCCACAAUUGAGUACCUCUUCGCUAUGGAUUCUUUACCAAGCGAGAUCUUUAUUCAAAUUCUCGAGUCUUUUCAAACUCACGCAUUGUUGCCAUUGGCUCUUAUCUCACGCCGAUUCUACGGACUUGUAUCUCGACUACAUUAUGCUCGAUUAGUUGAAGCAACUAUAUUGCCGGAUCAUGAGCUUAUUCUCGAAUGUUAUCAUCCAAGCGCCAAGAUAUCAACUCCUUACAUGUUUUGCGACUAUAUUGGCACGAAUGGUCUCGAUGAUGUAGGCCAGGAUCCUACACUCGAAGCCAUGACUGGUCUAUACUCUCGAUAUCGGCCCGUUCUCAGCGAAGAGCAUCGAAGACCACGUGCACGCUAUGCAACUAGGGCUGUUCUCGAAGGAUCAGAGCCGCCUAUCUGCGAGAAUCCAUCGCAUGAUCUGCACUUGGAAUCUGCUGAGCUCUUCUCACAACUCUGUACUGUCGUCAACAUGAUCAAGGUCGGCCCCAAGCGUGGUCUUUUCCUCAGCCAUGUCAACAUUAUAGAAAGUGUCAUCAGAAUCUGGCGUGAUUGGCUGGCUCAAGAAUCAUCUCAAGCAACAUUGAAACAGAAAACGGUUGAACCAACCACAUGUUCCAUUCUGUGGACUGACUCCUCCGAGAAUUUCGGACUUCGGCUGCGAGUUGUCGAGAAGCCGGAGGUGGAUACACCCAUCUUGGUCGGGCCCGGUGAGGAUCCGCCAGUCUCGUAUGCUCUAGAUUAUGAAGAACUUUGGGUCCGGACGAAUCAGCUUGUGCUUGGAAUGGAAAAGUCGGAAGCUCAAGAGGUAAACAACUCUAGCAAUGCAGUCAUCAUCGCUUCGAUGUAGCACAAGAAUCAAUUACACUGACUUCUAGAUGGAAAUUUUCAACAUAUUUGCUCAAAAAAUAACAUGCAUCAUCUUUGUUUGAG